AAGGCCAAGAUCCUCUUCGUGGGGCCCUGCGAGGAUCCUGGAAUUUGAAAAUCCACACGUUACCAGCAACAACAAAGGCACAGGGUGUGAAUUUGAACUAUGGGAUUGCGGUGGCGAUCAAAAGUUCGAGUCUUGCUGGCCAGCCCUGAUGAAGGACUCCCACGGAGUGGUGAUUGUAUUCAAUGCUGACCUCCCCAGCCACCUGAAAGAAAUAGAGAUGUGGUAUUCCUGCUUUGUCCAGCAGCAGUUCUUACAGGACACCCAGUGCCUGUUAAUUGCACAUCACAAACCAGGCUCAGGAAGUGAUAAAGGAAACCUGUCUUUGUCGCCACCUUUGAACAGGCUGAAGCUAGUGCACUCGAAUCUUGAGGAUGAUCCUGAAGAGAUUCGGAUGGAAUUCAUCAAAUAUUUAAAAAGCAUAAUCAACUCAAUAUCUGAGAGCAGAGACCGGGAAGAGAUGUCAAUUAUCACCUAACUUCCUUUGUCUCAAUUCCUCCACAUCCUGAAAAAGGUCAGCCUCUUUCCCAGAGCAGAUCUCAAAUCUUACCCAGCUACUGAUGUUUUCUUCUCACCAUGACCCUGAGGGUUUCCUACUGAAAGGUAUCAGUCAGCCAGGGAGUUGACUCACACUACUUAUUCUCCGUCCUUUGUUCAGUUGAGAAGAUUCUAUUGUCAAAUUCUGAUUCCUUUGCUCCAGAUCUCUCCCAAGAGUUGGAAAAUUGAAGGUUCCCCCCGCUUCAUAUAUAUUGUUAUGAUAAUUAUAGAGUUAUAACUGUCAUAGCCCAGUGAUACAAAAGUAGCUUCAUCUGUGAUUAUUGGUUUGAGUGUUUUUCAUUCCUUAAUUUAUUCAACAAAUACCAACUUGUUGAGCAUCUACUAUGUGCUAUACUGUUUGAGCUUCUCACCAUGAACAGCAUGAACAAAACAGAAAAAACCCUUGCCCUCACAGAGUUCCAUUCUAUUCUGUUCUGUUAAGUAAGAGUGAGGCAGAGUCAAAGACUGUACAUCGAAUAUGCAAAUAACUGCUGUCCCUUGCAUAUGCAAAAAAAAUAAUAGAUUCAUCACUUUCUAUAAUUGGGCUAAAUCUCAUGUUUCCAUCUCCCUGGAUAAUGAGGGGACCUGGAGUCUUUGUGAUGCCAAACAAAGUUACAAUCGACCCUCAUUCAUGGAUUCUGUCUGUAAAUUCGUGUACUUGCUGAAAUUUGUAACCCCCAAAUCAAUAAUCACAGAACUUCCACAGUUAUUAAGAGUAGCACAAAAUCUGAAUCAUGGCCACUCAUGUCCCCAGCUGAGGCAGAACAAGGUGACACUGUGCCGUCUUGUUUCAGCUAGAUAUUAAAUAUGUCUCCUUAAUCUAUUUAGUGCCACAUUUUCCCAUUUUUGUGCCUUGUGUUAGUAUUUUUAUUGGGUCAAAACCUUGUAAGCUUCCCAGCUUCCUGGAUAUAAUCUCAAAUUAGUCCCUGUGCACAGAGGCCGGGGAGAAAUUGAAGAAAAUUGCAGAAUAUUCUAGAAUGAUAGCAAUUUUAAUGAGCAAGGGAACUUAUUUACAAAGAUUGCCUUGAGUGACCAUGAAACAGCAAUUUUUUAUAACCUCCCAGCUCCCACCUUCGCCACCAAAUCUCAAAACUUUUAUGUAAGCCUUAGUUCAGUCCAAACAUACACAAUUCAGAACAUCUCAACAAAAAACUACCCAUCACAGCACAUUUUCUCAAGGCUGUGUCCUUGGGGCAGUUUAUGGGCAGAGAGAGCAAAUGAAACAGAUAUUCCUAGGAGAGGGAGUGAGAGUUCUCCAGUUUGGGUCUAGUUCAGGUCAACAGAUCACAUUCUCCUGACUGCCUUUCCAAAUGACCCCCGAUAUAGUGUUCAAGUGCUGUCUAGUGACCCUCAGAGCAAAAAGGCUAUGAUGUGCCUUAUGGAGAAAAUACUUGUGUGAGAUAAGCCUCAUUCCAGUGUGAGUUAUGUGCUUUUGGCUAUGAUUUCAAUGUCAUUGGAUCAACAACACAUAUUAAAUAGGUCUCUUUAGACAAAAGUACACAUAAAACAAGGUUAUAUAUUAAUGGUAGAUGACAUUGUGAUUAGAGGCUUGAGGAAACCUGAGCCUGUAUUAGCGCCAGGAAGAAUGGUUCAUUACAUACUAAUCCAGUGUCCGUGACAUGAAUGAUAGAAUCAGCUGUAUGUCCACCUCUUAUAGUUCAAAAGUUUUCAGUUUAGAUCAGUCUCUGGGAUAAAUAUUUAAUCAAUUCAAGGUUACAAUCUACUUCCUCGACCUUCUUUCUAAGAUGGUGUCAGGGUGCCUAGACAGUGUCUGCCCUUAUUGGGGUAGGGUAGCUGUGCCAAAAGCAGGUCCUCCGGCUUCCUCCCUGACUUCUGUCAAGGUCACUGGCCACCCUACUGGCCCUGGUAAGGCCCAUGAUCUAGGUUUUGCCCACAGAACUGUGGUGCCCAGGCUCACUCUGCCCCAUCCUGGCUGGGCUGGUCCUGCUCAUCUCUGUGAGCCGGCUGUGUCUUCCCUCCUUCCAGGAUGCAAUGUAUCUGGAUGGAAGGACCAUUUAACCCCUAGCCACAGCUGGCCUAUCCAUUCUCAGCUGUUUCCUGGGAGAAAAACAUGAUUUUCAGGGAAUCAAGAAUAUGGGAGAUGAAUAUUUUCAAAAUAUUACCCCUGUUACAAUAGUAUGAAAUGCAAUGGAUAUUUUCAUUAUAAACCUACAAGAAGUUUAUCUGAUCACUUACGAUAUAUUUUUUAAAAUUUUAACAAUAGUGUUACGAUUUUUAAAGUGGUAGUAAAAUAUGUACAUGACAUAAGAUUUAUUGUUUAACUAUUUCAAGUGUACAGUUGAGGGACAUGAAGUACAUUCACAUUGUUGUGCACCAUCACCACCACCUUCUCCAGAACUUUCUCUUUGUCCUAAGUGAAACUGCACCUGUUAAACACUAACUCUUCAUCCCCUCUCCCCAGCCCCUGGCACUCACCGUUUUACUCUCUGUCACUAUGAAUUUGACUCCUCUACGGAUCUCAUAUAAGUGGAAUCAGUCAGAAUUUGUCCUUUUAUGUCUGACUUAUUUCAUAGAGCAUAGUAACUUAGAGAUUCAUCCACAUUGGAGAAUGGGUCAGAAUGUCCUUCUUUUUUAAGGCUAAAUCAUAUUUCAGUGUAUGGAUAAGACCACAUUUUGUUUAUCUAUUCUUCUAUUGGUUAUUCUGAAUAAUUUGCUAGGAACAUUAGUGGCAAUUCACUUAGGAUGUUUUUGAGGAAUAUUAGUAUUUAACUUCUCCAAGAUCUGAUUUUGAUUUAUAUGUCAUUGUUAUCUGGACACCAGAUCAGAUGGGAAGGUGGAAUACAUAUAUAUCCUCUAAAAAGUUUUACAUUAUCUUAGAGGAAUUUAAUCUUAAGUAUUACUUCCUAUAAAACGUGUUCUGUUGUCAUAGUUCCUAAUCUGUAAAAGUGGUCCAUAGAUAGAAUGCUCAAAAUAGCCAAAGAUGGUGAGUUUGUAGCUUAUUGUAUAAGCAAGUUUGUUUUAAUAAUCUUAAGAGUUAUUUUUAUUCACAAUAUUUAUAUUUGUAAUUCUUAACAUAAUCAACCUGAAAAUACAGUAACGGGAUAAGAAGUUAGACAUAGAUCUUUCCAAAUUAGAGUUGAAGGAGAGGGGAGACACUUAAGAGAGAUGAAUAAAUUUGUUUGUGAGGAGGGCUGAGAUGUAGCUUUGUGGACAGCCUUUUGAGAGACAGGUUUUUGCAGGUAAUGACGAUUCCCUGGUAAAUUGAGACUGAAUGAUCACCAACUGUUAGUAAACUGACUGGAUUAUCUGUGAGCUCAAUAUAAGCGCAGGAUAGCCUUUGUGUUCCCCAGCCUGCCCUAAGCUGGUACACAUGUGAGAAACACAAAACAACAUUAAUGAGAACUGAAGCAAAUCAUCUUUACAUAAUAACUGCAGUAAUAAUCACAGAGCUUGCAAAACACAGCCCCCAAACAAAAAUUAUGUUGGGGCCUCCCUGGUGGUGCAAGGGGUUAAGACGCAACCUAUGAAGCUAUCCACAGCCACUGCAGCACAAGUUCGAUCCCCAGCCAGGGAACUACCCACAUGGCGCAACAGACCUCUCCUGUUUCACCUGCUGCUCCCCUCGGCAGUGUAUUUCCGUCAGUCUGCCUCUUCUGCUCCCCACUCUGUCUCUGGUGAAUCCUCUCACUCCCCGCACCUCUAGCCUGUACCCCAGUUCUUGUAUGCAUAAAUAAAUAAUCUUAAAAAAAUUAUUUUAUCUGAUUUUUAAGGAUGAUCCAAGAGUGCAAUAGAAAAUUGCAGCUGUCAUCUAUAUGAACUAUCAGUCUCUCUAAGUCUUUGAAGAAAGGUGUUUUAAAUUUUAACAGGCCACAGACACCCAAGUUACAAGAGAAAUUCAAUGACAAAGUCUCCCAUCUUUCCUGUCCCUGAGCCCCAGUCCCCUCUCCAGAAGCCCCACACUUCUCUGUAUUUUGUUGCCGGCAGCCUGAGCACAUAUAAACAUGGAGAUAGCAACAAAGGAAUCUCUCUUCUACAACUUCCUUUUUUCACUCUUUUAUUUUGGGCAUUCAUAAGACUAUACUUGGAGCUGCAUUGUUCUUUUUACAGCUGCAUUAUAUGCCACACAACCAUUUAUGGUAGAAUCUUAUAUUAGAUCUUAUGUUUAUUGAUGUACAUUUUGAUGAUAUGGAAAAACAUGAUUUGGGAUAUAAAUAUGUGGGACUAAACAUAUAGAAUGUGGAAUUAAAGGAAGUGCUUUCAACCAUCAGCCCUUUGGGGGGUGAAGUAUAAAAUAAGAUUGCUGGUCAUUUCAUCCUAGUUCAAAAUAACUUCAUAAAGCCAUUUUCUAACUGCCCAAAGUGAUUGCUGCUGUGCACAUGCCAGCAUGUGGUUGAGAGAAAAUCACUUUCUUUCUGUCACAGAUGUGGUAAUGCACAUGAAAGCUCUGAAAGCAUAAACCAGCUUGCUCACAGGGGAAACUCAGAAUCUCAGCAUAAUUUAAGUGAAUGUGAGAAGGAGUGUAUGAGUAAGUGAGACUGCAUGGGGGACUCUGAGUGUGUGUGAGAGAGAGGUGGUGGGAGGAGCGUCCUUACAGGCAUUGAGGUGUCACUGAAGGAUUUUCACUGCAGAUUUAUGUAGUCAGAGCUCCAUUUUAGAAAAACCCCUCUGACGGCAGCCUGAGGGUUGGAAGGAUGACGAGCGUAACAAUGGCUGUAUCACUCCUGGGCUUGUGACUGUAUCACUCCAUUCUUCAAGGCCAGCAUGGUCAAACCUCUACUCCAUCUACAUAUCACCUUCUCUCUAUCGACUCCCUUUGUCACUCUCUUAUAAAAAGACACUUUCAAUUGUAUUUUGCACCCACCCAGAUAAUCCAGGAUAAUUUCCCUAAAGAUCUUUAAUCACAUCUGCAAGGACACUUUUUCCAAGUAAAGGAACAGUUGCAGGUUCCAGGAAUUAGGAUCUGUUACCUUUGGGACCUUUAUUCAGCCUACCAGAGAUGCCAUUCACUGAGGCAUUGAUGGAGGAGUUGCAGAUUUAGAAGAAGGCAUAACCACGAUUAAUCCAAGACAUCCCGAAAAGCUGGGAAAAGGACAGAACUGGACACCAUGCCUCUGUCAUUUCCAAUGUCUUAUGGUAAUUUGGCAAAUGAGUCCACAGGUAAACACAUCUGAAAGUGUAACCCUCUGAGACUGAACCUAGUAAAGCAACAACAGCAGGAUAAAUAACCAUUUUUUAAGCCAAGCUAAGCAGAAAAUGAUUUGCAGGAAAAACCAGGGUCAUAUUUCUUUAAAUCAAUCCAAUGACCAAGUAGUAUUCUCAGACUACCUGUUGUAAGAACUGUGACUUCUUUACUUACAUUGUAACUACAAUGUCCAUACCCAACAUUGUUCAGGAAAGCUAAUUAUUUGUAACCAAAAAAUACAGUUUUGAUGAUAACUAGCACAUAU